UUUUUCCGUGUCAACGGUGGCUUGUUGACUCAUUCUGGUCAAGGCACUAGGACGACAUUUUCUUUUACAUCAGCAGGAAAAUUAUCAUCCAAGGAAAAAAAGGGGAAUUACGCCUUGAUUAUUUGGCAAAGUUGCACUAUAAUGAAACAGAAGUGAACAGUUUGGAGCUUUCUAUUUGAGAAUUGUGGUUGUGAUUUUGCUUAGAAGUGGACCGUACUUCAUUAUUUUUGUUGAUCUAACUUCUGUUUUCUUAAUAUUGUUGUGUGUUUACCAUUGGAUCCUUCUAGAUAAUGCAAUCAUCACCACAGAAUUUUAUAUAGCUUUCGUGCUUGUUUAGUCACGUAUGGAAACACUACACCCGCUGAAAGAGGAGAACAACUGCUCCCUCUAAUUUGACCAAUUAGCAACGUGCUAGGUCAGGCAUUGACAGUAUAGACUUAUCUGUUGAAUGCGCCUGCAAAAAAUAAUAUAAAAUCGCAAUGUUUUCCCCAAAAGAAUUUUAAUUUUAAAUUGAUGGUUAAUUUGGAUUUUUAUAUGGGAAGAAACUUAUUGAUGCUCUUUAGAAAUGGUUCAAGAUCCAGUGUCCCCUCAUAAACUCGAUACUACUUUUUGAUGCUUUCCGAGGAAACUCAAGUCAGAGCAAAUCAAUUCAGGAAGCCUUGAAUUCCAGUUUUGUGUUUAAGAAAUAAUUUCUCUUGAAUAGUUCUGUGCGAUACUUUCGAUGAAAAAGUAUGUAGCUGAGUUGGCAUUGAGUUAAGAAGAAAUUGAGCUGCAGCAGGAGCAUGUACUUUCAGAGCUUGAUAGUUGGCUCAGUCAGGUAGCUAGCUGAUAAUAAGAGGAUCUGAUCCUUCUACAUUUUCAUCUCCACUCUGUUUCUCAUCUUUCUGAAGACGUCAACUGUUUUUGGUUGGAUAUAUUGAUUCUAUUUUCUUUAUAUUAGCAUGACAGCCUGUGGAGACUUACAAAAAUUGUUCUCAAGAGAUUUGUUCAGUGUUCGCAUAACAAUUACAGGCUGGAGGGUUUUGGUUCUUUAAAGCUCAAUCAAACCCAAAAUCAGGAUCGAAUAUUUUAAUGCAUUCUUUUAAUCAACAGAAUGAAGAGAUGGUUUGGUGGUGUUCUGAUUGCAUCCUUGUUUAUGUUGCUGAUCCUAAGAUUUGCUCUCAUGAAAAAUCCUAUUGGAGAAAGUUAUUUGAUGAAUGCUUUCUCCAAUGCAAGUAAUCCUCUUGAAUGGGUGCAAGCGACACUUCCACCAGCAUAUAAAAAUCCAGAGAAUUCUACUCAAGUGAUUUCUAAUGAUGCCAUAGUAUUCAGUUUGUUUGCUCAGAGGAAUAUUUCCAAUGAAGAACAAGAAUCUUUGCACACGUGGAAUCUACUGAAACACUUGAUUGAUCAAGCUCAAUUUUUACCCAAUGGAGUAGAGGCUAUUAAGGAAGCUGGGAAUGCAUGGAACAGCCUUAUGGCUUCAAUUGAAGAGGAAAGACGUGGUUCUACAAAUGAAAGUUUAAAUAGGAGAGCAAAAGAAAAACAGUGUCCUCAUUUUCUUAACCAAGUGAAUGCCACAUCACUUGCCAGUAGUGGCUUCAAGUUGCGACUUACUUGUGGCCUGACUCAGGGUUCAUCCAUAACAAUUAUAGGCAUUCCAAAUGGUCUUCUUGGAAAUUUUCGGAUUGACUUAACAGGGGAAGCACUUCCUGGGGAGCCUGAUCCACCCAUCAUUUUACAUUACAAUGUUAGGCUGCAUGGCGAUCAGAUAACUGAGGAUCCAGUUAUAGUUCAAAACACCUGGACUGCAGCUCAUGAUUGGGGUGAAGAGGAGCGUUGCCCAUCUCCUACUCCUGAAAAAAGUAAGAAAGUGGAUGAGUUGGAUCAAUGUAACAAGAUAGUGGGUAGAAAUGAUACUUUGGUGGCUAGCUUGCAUUCAAAAGGUUCAAGGAGGUCUUCAAUGGUUCAGGAUGGAUCUAAAAGAAGAAGAUAUUUUCCCUUUAAGCAAGGUUAUUUAUCUGUUGCAACACUUAGAGUGGGAUCAGAGGGAAUCCAGAUGACAGUUGAUGGAAAGUACAUAACGUCUUUUGCAUAUCGUGAAACCUUGGAACCAUGGCUGGUUAGUGAAGUUAGGAUCUCUGGAGACUUGAAGCUGAUUUCUGUUGUGGCUAGUGGUCUGCCUACAGCAGAGGAUUCAGAACGUACAGUUGAUCUAGAAGCACUCAAAUCAGUUCCUCUCUCUCCUAGAAAACCACCACAUCUCUUUAUUGGUGUUUUCUCCACAGCAAACAAUUUUAAACGCAGGAUGGCUGUUCGAAGAACUUGGAUGCAGUACGCUCCAGUUCGGUCAGGAACUGUAGCAGUGCGCUUUUUUGUUGGUUUGCAUAAAAAUCAAUUAGUAAAUGAGGAACUUUGGAAUGAAGCACGAACAUAUGGAGACAUACAGCUGAUGCCUUUUGUUGACUAUUACAACCUCAUCACUUGGAAAACUUUAGCCAUCUGCAUCUUUGGGACAGAGGUUGCAUCAGCAAAUUAUGUCAUGAAGACUGAUGAUGAUGCAUUUGUUCGAGUGGAUGAAGUGUUAGAUUCUUUAAAUAAGAUCAAAGUGAGCAAUGGCUUGCUUUAUGGACUUAUCAACUCAGAUUCCAAACCUCAUCGGAGUACUGAUAGCAAAUGGUAUAUCAGCCUUGAGGAGUGGCCUGAAGAGAAAUACCCACCUUGGGCACACGGUCCUGGUUAUGUGGUCUCCGGCGACAUAGCAAAGGAAGUUUACAGGAGAUAUAAAGAAGGUCGUUUAAAGAUUUUUAAGCUAGAAGAUGUGGCAAUGGGCAUCUGGAUAAACCAGAUGGAAAAAGAGGGAUUAAAAAUUAGGUAUGAGAACAAUGAAAGGAUCUAUAAUGAAGGGUGCAAGGAUGGUUACAUUGUCGCCCACUACCAAGGUCCUAGGGAGAUGCUUUGUCUGUGGCAGAAACUUCAAGAAGGAAAUGUUCCUAGAUGUUGUGGUGAUAGAUAAGCAUAUAUUAUAUCGUUCAUGUUGGGCUCCUGGCGCUUCGCAAAACCUCAAGCCCGAAGAGACUAAUCUUAACCAGAUUUUGAGAUUUUCCUGACCAGGAUUGAGCAUAUACAUACGAGAGAAGGAACUGCAGCCGGGCUUUUUAGUCACUAUAGUUUCUAUCACCAAUUUAUAAUUAUGAUUUACGAGCAAGGUCGUCACAUCUCAAUGACUUCCUGGGAUGCGCCGUGUUAGUAGAUGGCAUUGUAUAGAGUCUAUCUAGUAAUAGGCUAUACGAAUUUAUUUUCCCAAUAUGAUUAAUUUUUUAUGCCUAUCACUCAACAUGCAAUUCUUUCUACCA